AUGACCAAAUUGCAGCAGAAGUUGUAUGUUUCGACAAUUUCCAAUGAAGGAGUGGUGAACCGUGAUUGUUUACGACUCUUCAUACGUGCAGGUAAUGGAGGGCAAGGAUUGCAGCGAUUUAAUGGUGUUGGAGGAGAUGGUGGUGAUGUGAUCAUGGUUGGACAUUCAAAGAUGACUUUAGAAGCGAUGCUGAAGAAUGCUAAACAUCGUGUGAUGAAGGUACAAGCUCAAAGUGGUACGAAUUCAUCACAGACUUCUCUCAUUGGUAUCAAUGGGAGGCCAAAAAUUCUCAAAGUUCCGGUAGGUGUCGAUGUGAUAAAUGCGGAAACCAAGGUGUUGAUAGCACGUUGUUCACGACCGUUCUUCAAUUAUGUAAUAGCACGGGGUGGUCGUGGAGGCUGUGCUGAAAACUGCUUUCAAGCAACAGCUGGUGAGCGGUUUUUCAUCGAUCUCCACCUUAAACUUCACCCAAACAUCGGUCUGGUUGGUUUCCCGAAUGCAGGAAAAUCGACAGUUAUGAAGGCGUUGGUACCGAAAAAAAGCAUUAAAAUAGCCAGUUAUCCGUUUACAACAGUGAAACCUCAGAUUGGUUACAUUAAUGACUUUGAAUUGGAUUCCACUGACGAUGAUGACGAUUCGUUUAGUUUGUCAAUCGCCGAUCUGCCAGGAUUGAUAGAGGGAGCAGCAAUGAAUCGCGGAAGAGGUCGCGAAUUCUUGAAGCAUCUGGAGUUCAGCGAUAUAUUACUGAUUGUUGUUGAUGUUCUUGGCUUCAAACUUGAUUUAUCCUUGAGUAAUCCGUACCGUAAUGCUCUUGAAACUGUUGCACUUCUGAAUAUCGAGUUAGAAAAGUAUGAUCCAGCUUUGGUGAUGAAGCCAGCGAUCAUUACUUUGAACAAAAUCGAUUUGCCUAAUGGUGAGCAAAAAGCCAAGGAACUGGUUUCAAUCCUGGAAAAGAAAAAUUGGUCAGAAACGCUAUCAGAAGAAAUGCGACCCACUCGGCCAUUUUCUGUAAAGGCAGUAAUACCGAUUGCAGCGAAGGAUCGCCGUCUGGGCGAUUUGAAAAAUCAACUGAAAUUUCUCUAUACACGAAUGCAUCCUCUGUCAGCUCCAAACUUCGGCUCCGUUAAGAAAACUGUACUCUCCUGA